AUAUCUUUCCAUAAUCUGGUGAUUUCUGCUUAUGCAAACAUAAGAUUUUGGAAAAUCACCUCGACACACAAAAAACUCAACAUUUUCAAAGCCGUUUGCUUUGGGGGAUUAACAUAAUAUUAAUUUCAUGCACCAUUAGGCUCUUAAUGAAAUGUACAUUGUCCUUAUUGACAAUGCGUGGUGUGAGGUGUUUGUCUUGACGGAAAGUAUCAAAACUGUCUUUGAAAUUCGCCUAUUUAAUGCCAAACCGGUCAACACUUUGUAAUUCAAAUGACAUAAAUAUCGCAGUGUGCAUGUUUGCGCGGUAAUCAGCCGGGCAACGACUUUCGUUGAAGUUCGUGUUAAUCGUGGACUGACGUUGGAGCCAAGGACUUUAUUUGGUAUAGGAGUUAGACAUGAACGGUGAAGCGAAUAUCCAACGGAAAUCAAAAAGCGUUGUUUUAUGCCGAUCAAGGAAGCAACCAGAUGGCAAAGAAAUACAAGGACUCGUCUUCGACCAUCCUUCCAUGCCGAAAAUCGUCACGGUCUCAUCUGUUCCUAAGAAAUCCGGCGAAAAAGUACGUAGCGGGGAAACAAACCCUACCGGGGGAAAACGACAUACCGGGGAAACGCACCUUGUCGAAAAUAGUUCCCCUACCGGGAGGAAAUAUCCCACCGGACGUCCUCGUCAGAGACGAUACCCCGUCGGAAAUUUGUCCCUGGAAAGGUUCGAUACCGGGUAUUCCAACCAACGGGCAGCAACUACGCAACAUUAUCCGACCGUACAAAGGUCCCCUCCAGCGUUGAUUCACACACCAAGCCGUUAUUCAACAGAACAGCGGGUUAUCUCCCCUCAAACGGGAAAAACAAAUGUUCCCUCUCCCCCCUUUUACAAUGGCCGUCCAAUUCCUCCUACGAUAUCCAAAGCGCACAAUAUGCAAAUGCAAUACCCUCGACACGCAGCGAAUCUAUCGCCACGCACGCAGGAAGCAACGAUAAGGCGAAACUCCACCGGCACAUUUCGGUCCCAUCCGGAAAACGUCGUCCCACUUCGGCAGAACAUCGUACAGCACCCGAAGAACGCCGUUCAGUAUCAAGAAAACAUCGUACUAGGCACGCAAGAUCUAACACAACAUCGGCAAAGUAUCGGCCAACAAUCGGAAAGCGGUAUCCAACUUCGUCAGAACGUCGUACCGUACUCGGAAAACGGCGCAAGAGCUCGACAAUACGCGCGUCAGUUAUCCAUGCCGUCUUCCACAGAUAGAUUCUCAAGGGACUUUCAUCUAAAAGUUUGGCGCCAAAGUCACGAUCGUGCUGCAAGGGAAUGGUAUCCACCUGCUUCCGGGCAAGAACAACCCGCACACCAGCCACUGGCCUCUAAUCAUAAUCUGGAGGUACUCCGCCAUCGGUCAUUGUCCACCGGUUCGCAUGAACGACCAGGUCUCGUCCACCGAAAUGAAAUGGUUGAAAAUCCACCCCAUCGCGAGACACACCCACAACCCAUAGGCCAAACUCUACCCGUCGCGAGACACACCCACAACCCAUAG